GCACGCGGGCCUGGAAAGGGAUGUGGAACUUCAGCGGCUCGAGGCCAGGGCUGAGGGGCUCCAGCACGUGGAGGGGACAGGAGAGCAGUCCCUCCCCCCUCAGGUCACGUGGAGGGGGAGGGGGGUCGGUUGGGGAGGUAGGAACGGCCUGUGGGGAGGGGAAAGAGUCUCGUCCACAAGUGGCCCUACCCACUUUUAACCUACCCCUUUGGGCCACCCUCACCCUCCCCCGACCCCCAAACCCUGACCUUCUCCUUUGUCCUUGGCCCCUCACCUCUGACCCUGACCCCUAAACUCUGACCUUUUCUUGUCGCUGAUCCCCAACCACUGGCCUCAUCCCGACCCCCACCCAUGAUCCUUGCCCUUCACCCCUGACCUUUAACCCCCACCCCCAACCUCAAAUCCCUGACCCCUCCCCUCUGUUCCCAUCCCCUGACUUCCAAACCCGACUCCUCUUUGCCUCGUCCCAGAUCUGGUCAGUGCCUGACCUUUGACCUCUGCUCCUUCCAGAGAGCCCCUGCCCUAUGGGAUCUUCCCUGCUACUGCCUGCUUCAGCUCUCUCGUUGUCCCCAGACAGAUAAAGGGGUGGUCUCAAGAGUCCCUGUCUCCAUGAGCAUGCUGUCCCCCUGCUCUGUCACAGGCUGCCAUGGAGCACCGGGGGCUGGACCCCCGACCAGUGCAGCCGGCUGACCGGUCAGCCCGCAUCCGGCACCGGAGGACCAAGCGGGAGCGGAACCAGGCCAGGGCCAGCAGAGGCCCCAGUGCUGGGGGUCCCCAGGCCCCCCGGGCUCGGCCUCGGGGCUCACUGUCCCACAGGGACCUGGCCCUGGGCCUCUCUGCGCCCCAGCCUGUGGUCAUCACCCAGGGCCGGCUGAGCCGGGCACACCGGGGCCUCCUGAGCAGCGAGGUGAAGUCCCUGAAUGUGGCCCGGCUGCUGAGUGGCCUGGCUGAGGAGGCAAGCAGCCCCCCACCUGGGGAGGCCCCAGACACCGCAGCAGCAACAGCACCACCCCAGCACCCCACCUGGGGAGAGGAGCCCAGCCCGCUGCCCCCCAAGGGCAAAGAGAAUGAAGCUCCAGGAGGGCCCAGCCCAGGACCCCCCAGCCCUCGAACACUGCUGGAGGGGCUUCAGGCUCAGCUGCAUCUUCCUGGGGCCUUCCCCAGGCGCAAUCUCGUGCAGGAGGCCCGAGCAGAGAUAAUCGGGGCCUUGCUGGCCCACUAUGGGGAACUGCCUGACCUCAGCCAGGUCCUUAGGGGCCUCAGGGAACAGGAAACAGUGCCAGAGCCAGGAAGCCCACAGGAGUGGAGGAUGAUGCCCCAGGGUCGAGACCACCCUGAUCAGCACGGCCUGGUGGAGAGCAGGAGGAGGAGGAGGAGGAAGAAAAGGGAACUUGUGUUUACCCUGGGGGCCACCCCAAGCCCACCUUCUACUGAGAAGAGCCUGGUGCUGCCCCCGGACCCAUGGGUGCCCUCACCCUCACCCCCACCCCUUGGACCUGAGCUCGGAGAGACGACUUGGGGCCCCCAGACAUCAUUUGAUGUCCUGAAGAGCAUCUGGCUGCCUGCUACCCCACCGACAUGUGCCGCACCCUGGCAGUGGGGAACUGGGGGGGCUCCCCAUCCACCUACUUGUUUCCCCAACUCACAGUCCCUGGACUGGAGCCCUAGUCCCCCAGCCCCAAUGCCUGGACUGCCCUGGUUUGUGUCCAGGAGCAGCCCAGAGCCCUGGACCUUCCCCCGCAUGCGGCUCUACUAAGGGUGGAAGCCCUCCCCCAAUGUGCCCUUCCGUAAAGGAACUUGUUGAAAGUAUUCUCAUUUCUGGGAGAUGGCAGCGGGCGGGGGAGAAUUAGCUCCCACUCCCUCUUGGUGCUUUCAUGUUCAAUAAUUUCAAUAAAAAUGUAUGAAGAGC